AUGAAUGCGAGCAGAGACAAGGUCGGUGACAUCUCCAUCCCGACAGCGGCAGCCGCGGCGGUGACAGCCCCCGCAGUCGGCAUCGGCGGGGAGCCCCGCGGCUGCCACGGGGAAGGGAUGGACGGCCGCGGGGAGCAGCGGCUCUCGGCCGGCGGUGAGCUGCCUCUCUACUGCCCUGCCAACCGGGACAGGCAAGGGGACAGCCAGAGCAACACCCCCGGACAAGAGGGGGCAGUGGCCGCGCUGCCCAUGGUGCACAGAACCACCUCCUUCUCCGUGCUCGACAUCCUGGACCCUAACAAGUUCAACAGCAAGCGGCGGCAGUGCGCGGGCUUGUACAAAUCGGCGGGGACCGAGUUCACUCUGGGGGCGGAGGAUAAACCCGAGGACUCAGGGACGGAGCUGGUCGAGCAAAAGGCUCUCGCCGAAGAUUUCGACGCGUGCAAGAAAUCCGCAGAGCUGAUCAAGGACGGGGAGCUCUACAAGGCCGAGGAGUGCGACCUGGACUACAGCAGCCGGCCGAGCCGCAGCCCCGACAGCGAGCUGCCGGACGACGAGGAGCUGUGCAGCGAGGAGAGCGGCAGCACCAGCAGCAGCAGCGGCGGCAGCUCCGGCCCGGCGGCUCCCGGAGAGCCCGACCCGGGGCCGCUCCGAGCAGAGCCGGCCGAGCCGCCCCCGCCGCCCCCGCCACCGCCCCCGCCGCCGCCGCCCGUCGGGGCGCAGCCCGGCCCGCAGGCCAAGCCCAAGAGGAAGAGGACGGGCUCGGACUCCAAGUCGGGCAAGCCCCGUCGGGCGCGGACAGCCUUCACCUACGAGCAGCUGGUGGCGCUGGAAAACAAGUUCAAGUCCACGCGGUACCUGUCGGUGUGCGAGCGCCUCAACCUGGCGCUGUCGCUCAGCCUCACCGAGACGCAGGUGAAGAUCUGGUUCCAGAACCGGCGCACCAAGUGGAAGAAGCAGAACCCCGGGGCGGACACCAGCGCGCCCACGGGCGGGGGCGGCGGCGGCGGGGCGGGGGGCGCGCUGGGCGGGGGGGCGCUGCCGGGGGGGCUCAGCCCGCUCAGCCACUCGCCGCCCAUGGGCGCCCCGCUCUCCAUGCACGGCCCCGGCAGCUACGCCGGGCACCCGGCCGGGGGGCUGGUCUGCGCCGCACAGCUGCCCUUCCUGCCCAGCCCCGCCGUCCUCUCGCCCUUCGUCCUGGGGUCCCAGACUUACGGCGCCCCGGCUUUCUACACCCCGCACCUAUAA